AUGUAUACAUGCAAUUAUAAAGAGAGUGAUAGAGCUCGGCUUUCCGCAAUUAGAUUUUAUGACUUAGGAUCUACAUUUGCUAGCGUAUUUUUCAAGUCGCAAAGUGAUUUUAGUGAUGAUGACGGCAGCUCUAGUAGUAAUUACAAUGACAAAGGUGACGCGGUGAUGACAGUGAUAAAG